AUGAACUUCUUCCUCUUGACUCUUCUGCCUCUUCUGUGCAUGGCCAUUUCAAUUCCGGACAUUCUGCCGACCCUUCCACAAAUCAGAAAAGUUCAGUCAACUGCUGUAAAAGGAAAGUUGCUCUGUGAUGGAAAAGGAUACGAAAAGGCCCGUCUGAAGCUUUACGAGGUUGAUCCAAGUGAGUGCUCUUCAUCAAUCCUUUUGAAUUCGAAAUUCUAUCUUUGUGAACUGUAGUCAAAGAUACUCUCAUGUCGGAGGGAUUGACCAAUGCAGAAGGCGAGUUCGAGCUCUCUGGUAAUGAUACCGAGUGGACCAAGAUUGACCCGAAAUUGAACAUUUACCACAACUGCCACGAUGAAGCUAUUGUCAGUCAGAAAGUCACAAAAUAAGAGAUAAUAAAGAUUUCUGUGUUCAGGAAUGCUGGAGGAAGGUGGAAAUUGUGAUUCCGGACGAGUUCAUCACUGAGGGAGCCGCCCCCAACAAGACUUUCGACAUCGGAAUUCUCAACAUCAACGCCGUACUUCCAGGAGAAUCUCGCGACUGCCUCAACUGA